GUGAACGGUCGUGUUUCGUGAGUGCUCCGCUAAUUUUAUUGAAAUUUUACAGGAAAAACACACAAUUAAUUUGUGAAAGUGCACAAAAAGGCAAGAAUCCAGUGCAACAAAGAGAUCUGCGUGUGCAAAUCCGCGUCAAAAAGUGUAAAACCCGUGAAAAUUACUCUUUACAAGACAGUGUGACUCAACACGACAAAGAAGUAAAUAAUACAAAAAAAAAAAAAAUAUAUUAAAAUAUAAAUAAUUAUUCAAUCAAUACGUGAAUCAGGGAAUUCACUUAAAAAUCUAUGAUUAAUCGCUGCGAAAAAAAAUAUUUUCUCAGAAAAAAAGUGAAAUAAGCGCACCGCAUCGAUUGAGGGCACGAAUUCGCAACGAAAAAAUAGAGAGAAAGGACAGCUGAUAACGAGAAAUGUAUUCACACAAUCAUUAAGAGGACUGUUAUAAAGUGAUAAUGACAAUGACAAUUUGUGAAUUGUGAGGAUUUCCAUUGUUGUGCAAGCAAUCGAGCUAAAAGUGAUAACAAUAAUAAUUAGUUUUCUAAAAAAAAAAACGGAGAAGAAAUUCCAUUCGGAUAAUUUUUUUCAGUUAAAACGGACAAAAAUUAAAGAAAAAAAUAAAAUAAAAAAAAUGAAUUCACAAAAAUUAGAUUCGUUACAUUCAAAGUCGCCGGCACCGUCACCCGAUCCCGAUAUCGACGAUGGCAGCUCGAAACGACAAGCAACGAGAGUAUUCAAAAAAAGUUCGUCGAAUGGAAAGAUAACUGUUUACUUGGGUAAAAGGGAUUUCGUGGACCAUUUAACACAUGUUGAUCCAAUUGAUGGUGUCGUUUUAAUCGAUCCCGAUUACGUGAAAGAUCGCAAAGUGUUUGGGCAUGUAUUAGCUGCCUUCCGUUACGGCAGAGAAGAUUUAGACGUACUCGGAUUGACAUUCCGCAAAGAUUUAUAUCUCGCAUCGGAACAGAUUUAUCCUCCGUUGGAGAAUGACAGGCCUCUGACGCGUUUGCAAGAGCGUCUCAUGAAGAAACUUGGGCCGAAUGCGUAUCCCUUUUACUUUGAAGUGCCGCCGCAUUGCCCGGCUUCUGUUUCGUUGCAACCGGCGCCAGGCGAUACGGGCAAGCCAUGCGGCGUGGAUUACGAGCUGAAGGCAUUUGUGGGCGAAACUCCCGACGACAAACCACACAAACGGAAUUCCGUACGACUGGCAAUCCGGAAAAUUAUGUAUGCGCCAUCGAAAUUGGGCGAACAACCGUCCGUGGAAGUGUCGAAGGAAUACAUGUUGAAACCAAAUAAAAUACAUUUAGAGGCUAGUUUGGACAAAGAGCUUUAUCAUCACGGCGAAAGUUUGUCCGUUAAUGUACAUAUUGCGAAUAAUUCGAGUAAAACAGUUAAGAAAAUUAAGGUAUCAGUGAGACAAUUUGCAGAUAUUUGCUUAUUCUCGACUGCACAAUACAAGUGCACCGUUGCGGAAGUUGAAUCAGAUGACGGAUGUAGCGUGGCGCCCGGUUUUACCCUCUCCAAAGUAUUUACACUCACACCGCUGUUGGCAAACAAUAAAGACAAAUGGGGUCUUGCACUUGAUGGUCAACUCAAACACGAAGAUACAAAUCUAGCGUCAAGCACAUUAAUCGCCGAUCCUUCACAACGAGAAAAUUUAGGCAUCAUUGUGCAGUACAAAGUAAAAGUUAAAUUAUGUAUUGGACCAUUAGGAGGAGAUUUAGUCGCUGAAUUACCGUUCAUUUUAAUGCAUCCGAAACCAUUGGAUGAUGACCAAAGCACACUAGUUAACGAAAGGUCCCCGUAUCGCUUGUCUAUCGAUAAACGUGGAUCGUACAGCGGACAUGCGACGGAUAAUGGAAAUGUCGAAGAUGCGAACAAAAAUGAUGAAAUACCAAAUUUAAUACAACUUGAUGCAGAGGAUCCUUGCCAAGACGACGACAUAAUUUUCGAAGAUUUUGUCCGUGCAAGAUCAAAAGGCGGCGAAACAGAAGCAUAAUAAAUCGUUCUUUUAAAUUAAUUAAAUGAAUAUUUAAAUGAAAAAUUAUUAUUAUUAUUAAAAAAAACUGAAAAAAAAAUAAAUAAAAAAAAUAUAAAGCAUUAUUAUACAAACA